UCAGAAAUCAAUACAGGUUCAUAAUAUUCUGUGUUGAGUUGUAGGAUGAGGAGGGAGAAAAAGUGGAGGAUACUUACAUGGAUAAAGAAUCAGGUAUGGGUAAGAACAGAAUGGGAAAUCACAAAGAGGUGAUCAAUGGCGAUCCGAUCGUGGCAGUGCCGACUGAAUCAAGCGACUCUAACCAUUCAGAUGUCAGCAAUGGCUCCUUCGCCUUUCCUGUGCUAGGAUUGGAGUGGAGUGGAAGUCCUGUGCAAAUGCCAAAAUCAGAAGGCUUGCAGCUUAGAAAGCACAAGGCACGGUGUGUAGGAUUCCAGUGUUGUAAAUUCUGAAACACAAACUCAAAUUAGGAUUUCAUUUAUACAUGUAUCUUGUGUUAGACGACCCUUAUAGGGGCAUGGAAUUCAAUAUCACUUCCGUUUUUGGUCAAUCUAUCAAGUUUUCUUUUAUUUUCAACAUUCUGAAAUAUGAGAAAACAUAACCGAGGACUUUACAAAUCCUGUUAGUCAG